UGAAUAACCUAUCUAUCAGCGAUGUAGAGGGAGUUUUCCCGGCAGCAGGGAAAUUUGUGUUUUCCUCCCCUCCUGGUGCAAAACAGCCUCCGCAACAUAGAAGAGUUAAUGUAACUAUUCAAACAUUGUCUUCGCGCGACGCUCCGCUUAUAACAACUAGGUGAGAAUGGGGUGGUUCUACAAUGGAAAAUGCACUAGUAAAGCCCGCUUAGAUGGAAAAACAGCUGUCGUUACAGGAUGUAAUACAGGUAUUGGCAAACAUACAGUCUUGGACCUCAGUAGAAGAGGAGCUCGGGUGAUAAUGGCAUGUCGCAAUUUGGAAAAAGCGGAAGAAGCAGCAAAUGAUAUAAGAAAAACUCUGGAAGGAGUAGAAAAUGUGGGAGAAUUAUCAAUAAAGCACCUUGAUCUCUCGUCAUUGUCAUCUGUCAGAAAGUGUGCGGAACAACUACUCAAAGAGGAGACCAAUAUACAUUUAUUGAUCAACAAUGCUGGUGUAAUGAUGUGCCCACGCCAGUUAACUGAAGAUGGGUAUGAAAUGCAAUUCGCUACCAAUCAUCUUGGACACUUUUUAUUGACUCUUAUAUUGUUACCAAGGAUACUGAACUCAGCACCAGCACGAAUUGUAAACGUUUCUUCGAUAGCUCAUAAAUUUGGCUCACUACAUUCGAAAGACAUAAAUUUGGAGAAAUCAUACCAGCCCGUUAUCGCUUAUGGACGAUCUAAGCUCUGUAAUAUUUUGUUUACGAAAGAGCUUGCUAAGAGAUUGGAAGGAACAGGCGUGACAGUGUACAGUCUGCAUCCGGGUGUAGUCGACACCGACCUGGACCGUCACCUGGACUCGGCCUUCUUCCCGGGCAGCCGCUGGUUCUACAGAACUUUCGGCAACAUGUUCAAGAAGUCAUCAGAGCAGGGAGCACAGACCACACUCUAUUGUGCCGUUGAUGAGAGCACUGCCAACCAAACAGGCUUAUACUACGAUGAUUGUGUAGCUGUUCGGCCUACUGGAAAGGCCAAUGAUCCAGAACAGGCGAGAAAACUGUGGGACAUCAGUAUUGAAAUGGUGCAUUGGGAUAAAAAUCGUGAUCCUUUCCAAAAAGGAUGAAUACUUCUAUCUUACACAAUCAUUCUUCAAUAGCACAUUAAGGAUAAACAAUUCCGGCCUACCCAUGAAUUGAAUACUUUCUUACUAUUGGAAUCAGUCAGCAUUUACUUAGUAAUGCAGCACUCUGAAUAACUUGUGAUGGCAAUAAUAGGUAACGGAUUUAUUGUACUCAAGAAGUUGUAUCCUUCAUUCGUCUAAGACUACAGAGAUUUAGUAAAAAUUUUUCAAAUGAAUAUUAAUUUAUGAUUGUAAAACUGUAUUUUUUAUAUGAGUCUUAUAGAAUUUUAGAUGUCAGAAAUAUUAUAUAAUGAAACAAGUAAAUGAUUAAUUUUCUAACCAAAUGAUAGAAAACUUUUCCACCAUUCAUGAUAGUUAUUAUAUAUUCAUUAGCAUCUGAAUGAAUGCAAUCUCUCUUUAAUCUCCAUCUGCAGUUACUACCAACUUGCGAGUUUUCUGCAAAAAAACAUACCUAUCAAAGAGCAGGAAGAGUUCGAAAGGGGCAAUAAUAAAAUAAAGAUUUAUGAAUAAUGUAAUCAAUUAUUGAAGAGGGAAUUGAAUACUUUAUAAAAUAUGACUGAAAGGAUGUGACGUGCAAGAAUAAUUGCAUAAAUGAAAAGCAAUACUUUUAUGAGGAUAUGUUCAGUACUUAUAUUCAAUAAUUAUUAUAAUGUGGCUUUGUAAUAAAUUGAUUUCUUUAGUUUAAGAAAUUUCACUAUUUUUAUAACGAUCUGUUUGAAUAAAAUGAUCUGAUGACUUUUUGACUAAAUCGUAACAAUAUCUCUAAUGAAGCUCUUCUUUGCUUUUCGAAAAUGAAUGAAGUAGUAGCUAUUAUGCUGGUAAUUUUCUAGAAUCAAGUAUUACUGGUAUCAAAAGGCCAUAAUAGUUCAACCAUUAAUCGCCUAACUGCCUAUAGAAACAAUACGAAUUUUCCCAUAAAAAGUGGUGUAGACCAUAACAUCUCAUAAUUGACUGCAGUCGGGUUUCAAUAGGAAAAAGUCAAGAAUAUUACUUGUAUGUAAGUGAUUUCUAGUUUCUUUGUUAGAACAGAUAUGAUAUUCAAUGUUUGGAAAUAAAAUUAAACAGAAUUCACUGCA